AGGUGCUUGAAAUCAAAAUGAAGAUCUCCACUGAGACCACAAAUGUGCUCCGGCUCUCCAUCUCCAUUGUGAUCCUGUUCUCAGCUGUCCUAGCCCAUGAAUUUAUUAUGGAACCGCUGAUCGCCGCGUUGGCAACAGCUGGACGUGGUGGAAUUGAACAUCGCGAUGGGUAUCUGGCACUUUGUUUGAUCUACUUUUUCAACACAAUUAGCUGCUUUUUUGCUCCAUAUGUGGUGUCCAAGCUCUCGGGGAAAUGGGCGAUGGUUGCUGGUAUGAUGACGAUUAUUAUUGUCCAUAGCUCGUAUUUUCUUCCAAAUCGAUAUUUCAUAUUAAUAGCUUCAAGUAUUGGUGGAUUCGGAGCAACAUUUAUCUGGGUCGGCCAGGGACAAUACAUCAUUGAAAAUGUGUCUGAUGAGAAUCGAGAGAAGAACACCUCCAUCCAGUGGGCCCUCUACAAAAUGAGCCUGAUAAUCGGUGGAAUUUUCUUCUUUUUCUAUUUUCAAAAUGAGCCAAUUGAAGCAAUUGCUAAAAAUGGGCAGAUGGAAAAAUUCUUCAUGGUUUUCCUGGCCUGUAUUGUGAUCUCCAUCAUAAAUACGUGCUUCUUGCCACAGAGUGAAAUGUCUCGGAAUCGAGUUUCUCAGCCAUUUUUUCAAACAACUAAAAACUGCUUCAAACUCUUGAAAACCCAAAGAAUGAUCUCCCUGGCAGUGUUCUUCUUCUACACAGGAUUGGUCAGGUCUUUCUGGAUUUCGAUCUACCCAUUCUGCAUUAAAUUCACAUCGAACCUUGCCUCCAAUACCACCAGAAUCCUAACAAUCGGAAUGAUUGUCACCGGCUGCGGUCAGGUUAUCGGAUCGAUUUUUGUGGCAAUAAUUGGAAAUAAAAUUCGAAAAUUUGGGCAACAUGUUCUAAUUCUUGGCGCCCUUAUUUUGCAUGUUAUCCUAUUUCUGAUGAUCUCUUUAUCAUUCCCAAAUGAUGCUCCACUUCAUCAUACUGAUGGAAAUGGCCCAGUGUUUCCGUUGAGUGUCUACUUGGCUAUGGCAAUUUCUGCACUUUUGGGUUUCGGUGACGCAAUUUUGCAGACCCAGAUUUACUCGUAUAUCGCCAAAUAUUAUCAGAGAGACAGUAGUAGUGUGUUUUCGAUUUUCAGAUUUUCAAGUGGAAUCGCUUCUACGGGAAUAUUCUUCGCUGCUCAGUACUUCUACCUGGUGCAUCAUAUGAUUUUGCUGACUAUUUCAGCUCUUCUCGGGGGAUUGGCUAUUCUACAGUUUCAUAGAUCAGUUAAGAAUAUGUAUCAGCAAAAAGCCCCUGUCGUGGUUCUUUCGAUUUCAAACGAUGUUGGCCGCAAAUCACAACAAUCGGUCUCGCCUCUUCCAUUGGUUGGAGUUUAAUUUUUUGUUUUCAAGUUUUAAUUUAAAAAUUAGAAUUUUGUUAAUUUUAAAUAAAUGAAUGAACAAAA